GAGAAAGAGAAGAAAAAAAAUGAUUGUGCGAUACGCGUUAUGUUUGACUUUCUUACUUCUGCUAAUCACAAAUCCAGCAUCAUCAUCAGCAAAUUCCAGUGCCUUGUCCGGUUGUAAACAAAGCUGUGGGAAUGUUACAGUUCCCUACCCUUUUGGGUUCGGAUCAAAUUGUUCCUUGAAUUCAUGGUUCGAGGUCUCUUGCAAUGAAACCUCAACAACAACUCCCACAGUCCUACUCAAGAGAAUAAACAUGGAGGUCCUGAAUUUCUCGUUGAGAUCGUCUGAUUACGAUUCGGAUCUCGAAUACCACCGUGUGAAGGCUCCGGCAGUUUCGGUGAACUGUUCGGGCAGGGAAGCGAGCCAUGGGGUAAACUUAAAUGACAGCCCUUACUUCUUUUCAGAGUUCCGGAACAAGAUUGUAUCGUGUACCGGUGGUGCGGUCUUCGGUCGUAAUCUUAGCAACACUUGCUACGAUGGUACGUGCUGUGAGACCGUGAUGACAUCGUAUCUCAAGUCGUUUAAUGCGACGUUCGGUAGCAGAUCGGAUGGGUGCAACUCGGCUUACUUGGUAGAACAAAAUUGGAGGGACUCGAAUUCGGGUAAUAGAUCAGUUGGCACCGUUCUUGAUUGGGCAAUACCCGAAGAGGAUUUCGUGUUGAGCAAAACCGGAAAAGAAUAUAGUUGUCGGCAGUAUGGUUUGAUUACUGAAGAGCCUUAUCUCAACAAAUCAAUUCGAUGUUAUUGUAACAAGGGUUAUCGAGGGAACGCAUAUCUUCCUAAUGGAUGCGAAGAUAUUGAUGAAUGCAAGGAGGAGUUUCCAAACCCUUGUGGGGAUGUGAAGUGUAUGAAUAGGCCUGGCUCUUACGAAUGUGAACGAAGAAAAACUUGGAUCAUUCCAUUAGGAAUGGGUGUUGGCUUGGGAUCAUUAUGCUUAUUCAUGGGUGGGUGGUGGAUAUACAAAUUUCUAAAAAAAAGAAGGAAAAUCAGGUUGAAAAAUAAGUUUUUUAAACGCAAUGGUGGGUUAUUAUUACAACAACAAAUGUUUGCAACAGAAGGUAGUUUAGAGAACACCAAGAUAUUUACUUCCAAGGAGUUGGAUAAAGCCACUGAUAAUUUCAACAAGAAUCGAGUGCUCGGCCAAGGUGGCCAAGGCACCGUAUACAAGGGAAUGCUCACCGAUGGAAGAAUCGUCGCCGUUAAAAGAUCGACCGAAAUGGUUGCGGAGAAUGUUGAAGAGUUUAUCAAUGAAGUCGUCAUUCUUUCUCAAAUUAACCAUAGGCAUGUGGUUAAGCUAUUAGGAUGUUGUCUAGAGACUCAAGUUCCAUUGCUGGUUUAUGAAUUUAUCCCCAAUGGAACAAUUUUCCAGUACCUACAUGACCAAAGUGAGGAAUUCGUGAUGUCGUGGGAGACACGGUUGAGAAUUGCCAAAGAAAGUGCCGAAGCUCUAUCGUAUUUGCACUCGUCGGCCUCUGUUCCAAUUUAUCAUCGGGAUAUCAAGUCGACUAACAUCUUGUUGGAUGAAAAAUUUAAGGCGAAGGUCUCGGAUUUCGGGAUAUCGAGAUUGAUUCCCAAUGAUCAAACUCACUUGACUACGAAUGUGCAAGGGACAUUCGGGUACUUAGAUCCCAAGUACUUUCAAUCGAGUCAAUUCACGGAGAAAAGUGAUGUCUAUAGUUUCGGAGUCGUGCUCGUCGAGUUACUAACAGGUGAAAAGCCAGUUUCUUUCGAAAGGGAUGAGAAUCGUCGAGGUUUAGCCUCGUACUUCAUCGAUUCAAUGGAAGAGAACCGAGUGUUCAACAUUGUCAAUGCUCGGGUUAUGAGUGACGCAAAACCGGAAGCUGUAAUGAUGCUGGCUAAACUAUCGUACCAGUGCUUGAGCUUGAAUAGGAGGAUACGACCGACAAUGAAAGAAGUAAGCAUUCAGCUGGAGCAGAUUCUUUCGAUGCAAAAGGGUUCAAAUUUCGAGCAACACCGCCAGGAAGAGAUGGAGUGUUUGAAAAUGGAUUUAGUUAGUAGCUCUCGUGAUUCAACUUAUUUUUCAACAGGUUCAACUUUUGAUUCUGGAAAUACAUUUUCCAGAAAAUUAGAGGCAUUUCCUUCCUAGCAAAAUAAACUAAUUUUUCAGAUUAUUUAU